AUGUCAUUGCAUUCAACACAAGGAUCAUCAAAUAAUUUACGUAAUGAUGAAAAUAAUUCAUCAGAAAUACCUAUUGAAAAUAAUUUAUCAAAAAUACCUAUUGAAAAUAAUUCAUCAACAACAACUAUUGAACGUAAUGAAGAAAAUAAAUCACUAGUAAUAGCCAUUGAACGUAAUGAAGAUAAUAAGUCACCAGUAACAGCAAUUGAACGUAGUGAAGAAAAUAAGUCACCAGUAAUACCCAUUGAAAAUGAACAUGAAAGUAAUUCAUCAGAAGCAUCAAUUCAAAAUCAAGAGGAAAAACAAUUAAAUACAGAAACAAAGAGUACAAAUAGUCGAAUAAGUUCACCAAAAAUUACUCGAUCACAAUCGCAUUCACCAAAACCUACCGAACGAAGUCAAUCACCUAAAACGAUGAAUAUAAUUAUAAAUGAAAGGCCACCUUCACCAAUUACUCGUCAUCGAGUAAUCAGAAAAGAAAAACUAAUUUCAACAAAUCAGCAACGUACUCGAUCAAAUUCACCAGGUAAAAAAUUUUCAUAUCUUGCACCUGAUCGUCUUAAUUUACGUCAUUGGAAACAACAACGUCGUCAAUUAGCUAAACAAGAAGAAGAUGAUCGAAUUUAUCAUGAAAAUCGACAAAAAUUAGAACGUUUAGCUCGAAUAGCUAAAGAACCAAGUUCAUAUCCAUCAAUACAUAUUGAACAAGAACGUUUACGAGAACGACAUACUAUUGAUUAUCGUCGAAAAAUUUUAAAAAAUCACAUACCUAUAUUACGAGAAAAUUUAUAUAUUGUUCAUCGUCUUGCUAAUGUUAAAGGUGUUUAUGAUAUUGACAAAAUGAAUAAUGAUUAUACUCGUCAUACAUCAAUUCUUAAACAAGAUGCUGCUAAUAGAAAAAAAGCACGAGAAACAGCAGCACAAAGACCAUUUAUUUUACCAAAAAUUAACGUUAAAUAA